GCGUUCAGUGUGUUCCGUGAUUGGUUUCGAUUCUGUUUUGCGCGCUUCGACCCUUCUCGUUCAUUGUCCAUUAUUAUUGCACACGGGUCUGCACUCCUAAGUGCGUCACUCAUUCCAUUCCUUUUCAAAUUCGUGUGGUGGUGCUGUCUCAAACGCGGCUGGUCUGGUCUGGUUUCUGAGGUCGACUCCGCCCUCUUGUCCUCCCCUUUCACUUGACUCUUGACUUGACGCUUGUGACGACUCUUGACGAACCGGGCGUGGUAGGAGGUGGCCAGCAUGCUCUACCUCACCUCGGACAACUUUCCUAUCUUCGUACCAUUUGGUGUCAUCGGGUUCUACCGCUACCUAUGGUACAUCAUCCGCAUCAUCGCCUCCUUCACCUACCAGCCCGUACCGCUCCCGGAGAACCCGACGUACGUCGCGUCGGAAGACGUCACCAUCAUCGUGCCGACCAUCGACGCGGGCGACGAGUUCAAGGAGGCCGCGCACUCGUGGCUCAAGGGCAGCCCGAAAGAGAUCCUCAUCAUCACCGAGGACAAGAUGCGCGCUCCCCUCCAAGCGCUCGCGGACUCGGUCGACCCCGCCAAGAUCCGCGUGCUCACCGUCCCGUUCGCGAACAAGCGGCUGCAGAUGGCGCACGGCAUCAAGCACGCGAACACGGACAUCAUCGUGUUCGCGGACGACGACGCGCUCUGGCCGCCGACGAUGCUGCCCUACAUUCUCGCGUGCUUCGAGGACCAGAAGGUCGGCGGCGUCGGCACGUCGCAGCGCGUGCAGCCGACCGGGAAGCGCAUGACGGUGUGGGAGGUCCUCGCUGCGUUCCGCCUCACGAUCCGCAACAUCGAGAUCGCGAGCUCGACGCACAUCGACGGCGGGAUUCCGUGUUUGUCGGGCCGCACGGCCGCGUACCGCACGGUCAUUCUCAAGGACCCCGAGUUUAUACAUGGCUUCACGCAUGAUUAUUGGCUGGGGAAGUAUCAGCUCAACUCCGGGGACGACAAGUUCCUGACGAGGUGGAUGGUCAGCCACGGGUGGAGCACGUACGUGCAGUGCUGCAAGGAGGCGGAGCUGCUGAGCACGAUGAAGCCGAAUUGGCGGUUUUUGAAGCAGGUGCUGAGGUGGACGCGGAAUACGUGGCGUUCGGAUCUGCGCUCGCUGUUCAUGGAGAGGCAUAUCUGGACGGCGCAUCCGUAUGUUGCGUAUACGAUGGUCGACAAACUGUUUAACCCGUUUACGCUCCUCGUCGGCCCCUGCCUCGUCUCCUAUCUCGUGUACAAGAGUACAGUUUCCGUUGCAGAAGGCGGAUACCAUCUCCCCUGGUGGAAUGUCAUCGUCUCGUACUUUGUCUGGCUUAUGGCCACACGAACAGCCAAACUCCUCCCGCACCUCUGGCACACACCCGAACACAUCAUAUACGUACCCGCGUUCAUCCUCUUCGGGUACUACUUCUCGAUCAUGAAAAUAUACGCGCUCCUCACGCUGCACGAAACCGGCUGGGGCACCCGCGCAGGCAUCGGCGACCCCACGCUCGCUACCGAAGCCGCCGCGCGCGCACCGUCAGACUCCCUAGGCAGCUCUCCGCCUCCCAGCGCCGGCUCGUCGUCGUCCUCCUCGGGGCCGCGCGCGUACACGAGCGCGCUCGAGAAGGGCGGCAGCCCGUAUAAUGCCGGCAACCCGUUCCAUGGCGGCACCUCGUUCAACGCGCAUGCGCCUGGCUUGAACAUUCCCACGGCGCGCACGGCGUAUCCUGACUCGGGGAUGACGCCGAGUCCGUCGUCGGGCGCGGCGUUCUUCCCUGCGAAUAGCAGCUCGAGUGAACAUGGACAUGGGAGUGGGAGUGGGAGUGGGUAUGGGCACGGGCACCACCAGGGGCGUCCCGUCGAGCUGCGAUCUAUGCGGUAACUCUGGUUUCCCAACCGUGUUGUUUCUCGCGUUCCGUUUGAUCCUCGACAAUGACCUUGUCCCCGCUUGACAUUGAAACUGUUCCUGCUGUGUUGUUCUUAUUCUAUGUAUCGCCACGUGUGCUUGACUCUCUCCCUCUCGAAUACCCCUGUCGCCUGGACCGACGCUAGUCUAUACUGAUACCAUCCGCUUCUUUUCUGCGCUACCUCUCAUUGAUUCAUCCCUCGCAUGCGUCCCCCUUAUCGCUUUCCAUCUGCACCUGUACGCAUGGUCCCGCCCCGUCCUCCUCUUUCCUAUCACCCGCCUCGUUAUAUCUCCUUAUCUCAGCCCACCCUGGCCACGCUUCCGUGGGCGUACCACCGACAUUCUCUUGCGCGUCAGAAGAUUUUCAGAGUAAAUGUGUUUCCGCCACGUCAUAAUCGGAUUAUAUAUUGCAUCGUUAUCGCAUGUUGUAGCUCUUUACACUCUGCUUGCCUGCCUGUCUAUCUAUCUAUCUAUCUAUAGAGUAUUUGACUCUCCCUCGGUUUCUUUCUCUCGAGCUUGCCUCAGACUUUUAUA